AUGUGCGACAGCAACGACAUGAUUGUGGAAGAGAAUGAGAAUGGAGGGAAUCAAAUGGAUGUGGAAAGGUUUGUUGAGUUGGAAGCGAAGGAAGUGGGAAAAAGCAAGCAGGGGAUGGAGAAAAAAACGGGAGCAAAGAAGAGGGUGAUUAGGUCUACAAUGAGUGUCGGUGGAGGCCCACUUCGACGUCUGGUGCUUGGUGCGAAAACACCUAAGCGGAAGGUAGCUGGGAAGGAGCAUCCCCGUGGUGGAGAAAAAGGUGCCAGAAAGGAAACGGAGCCGGCGGGAAACCCAUCGGAAGGGUCCGAGACUACUAAAAAUGUUGCUUAA